CGUACGCAGUGUUCCGCCGCUGUCAAGGGCACUGAAAACUAACGUUAGCCAAACCUAGCAGUAGCUAUCUGUCCGCACGUGCAUUUAAAUAAGAUCAAUAAAGAUACAGUUGUUGGUAACGACUCAGAUAAAAAAAUGGACGGGUUCAGUUCAGACUUCUCAGCAGGUGGAUCCGGUGGUAAAGUGGACACCGGAACGAUCAUGGAGCAGGUCAAGGUCCAGAUCGCGGUGGCCAACGCUCAGGAGCUUCUGCAGAGAAUGACAGACAAAUGCUUCAAGAAGUGCAUAGGUAAACCUGGGAGCACGCUGGACAACUCUGAGCAGAAAUGUAUUGCCAUGUGUAUGGACCGGUAUAUGGAUGCCUGGAACACUGUGUCCAGAACAUACAACUCCAGAUUACAGAGGGAAAGAGCUCGCAUGUGAACAUCCUGCUCUUCACCCUUCCCUAUCCUCGGGCUGCUGCUCACAGUGAAGAAGAGCAGUGUUUCCACUGAAGGCAGGAGCUGGGCAAAGUUGUGUCGUGGUAGCAGCACACCAUCAUCAUCACAAUACCUCACAGACAGGCAAGCUGAGCCUGUGGACUCUAGCCAUAACAAUGUCUCUUUGGACAUUUUUAUUUUGCUCCGAGGAACAGUUCAGUAACAAAGUUUGAUUAUUUGUGUUUCUCAGAAUUGACUUUAUUGUAAUUGUACAUACAACGAAAUUAAUUAUGAAUAAUUAAGCUUCUGGUUAACAAGUAAACAUGCAUUUUAAAAAGCUGCAGUUUACACCUGCAUGUAGGUGAGGAGAAUCGGAAACUCUAAAUUGCCCGUUGGAGGGAACAUAAGUGUGAAUGUGUCUGUAAGUUCGUGCUAGCCCUGUGAUUGACUGGCAACCUGUCUAAGGCGUACCCCAUGUGCAGUGUGCGUGCUGGAAUAUGUUUCAACCCAGUGUGACUAGGAUAAUCAGUUAGAAAAUUAAAAUGUAUGUUUGCAAUGUGUCUUUAA